GGCGGUAUGCACGUAUAAAUGUGUUUGCGGACCGCCAUAAUACCAACAAAGUAGAAGAAAAAGGUUGGAGUUCGAGAGGCGUGGCUGGAACAGUUUCAAAAUGGCGGACAGAAACAAGGAAGGAGAGAAGAAAAAGAAGGAGAGCAUCUUUGACCUGUCCAAGUACAUCGAUAAACAAAUCCGUGUCAAGUUCCAGGGAGGACGAGAGGCCAGUGGAGUCCUAAAGGGGUUUGACCCCCUUUUGAACCUGGUAUUGGACAGCACCAUCGAGUACUUGCGAGACCCUGACGACCAGUUCAAGCUGACCGAGGACACGCGACAGCUGGGCCUUGUGGUGUGUCGAGGGACCUCAGUGGUGCUCAUCUGUCCUCAGGACGGCAUGGAGGCCAUCCCCAACCCCUUCAUACAACAGCAGGACGGAUAGUCCGCCAGCCUUAUUCCUCUUGAUUAACUCACAGUAGCCCAGUUCCUUGGGUGAAUCUUAAUUGUAUUUCCUUGAUUCCUCAAGUCCUCUCCUUGCUUCCUUCUUUGGACAAGAACAUCCGAGGGGAGGAACCUCAGAUCGUUUGCUCCAAUAUGCUUUGAAAAGGUGUUAAGGUAGGAGGAYGUGAGGAAUCAAGKAAAUAUUAUUUUGAUUCACUACUAUUCUCCCCUGCCCCUUCUACCCGAGGUGCAUUUCACGUUCACUCCCAUCUGCCCCACACACACAGUCCCUAUAAUCAGGAAAAUUAUUUUGUUGUAGUUUGAUUGGUGUCACCAGCCUGAAUGUUGAUGUAGUAGGCAGUAUGAAAUGGUGUGAUAAGCAUGUGUUCUGUUUAGAAAUGAAGAAUAGUGGUUUAAAUGUUAUUUAGUUUGGGGGGGGGGGGGGUUYUYKGAMUAGAUUCUCUGACUAGAUAAGUGAAAACAUAUUUUUGCUCUGAUGGUAAACAUUAAAAAAAAAAACUUUUUACUAUGGUUUUCCCUAAGUCAGGCCAGGUUUGAACGAUAUGGCAUAUUAUGUUUUUACAUUACAAAUGUAAUAAAUUUACUAUUUUCUUUAA